AUGCCUUCCCAUGAUCUCGCCGCACUCUCGCUAUACCCAGCAACGCCUGCACAAGUGCUGGAGACGCGCGAGCGUACAUGGCCUCACUGGGGCGGUAGUACCACACUUGAGCAAUACCUCCAACAUUACAAACGUAUGGACGAAAUGGAACACGCGCGAGAUGGAAGGAUGACUACCUGGUAUGACCUUGGAAUUGAGAUCGAUCAGAAUUAUCUUACAAUCAUAUGGUACAAACGCACAGGGCUUGUCGCAUAUCCUUCCCCCGAUGGCCCAAACAAAGUAAAUGAGGCGCCGUGCUAUGGGAUCGCUAGCGUGUACACACCCGAGGUGAAGCGGAGGAAAGGAUACGGGCAGCAUAUGAUGCGCCUCUUGCACUGGGUGAUAUCUUCCUGUGAUGAUUUUGUAGAGUUUCCAAAGGAGUGGGGUGUGCCGCCACCCAAAGUAGACGGUGCGGGUGGAGCUGCGUUUUCGGUAUUGUACAGUGCGGUGGGGGAGGACUUUUACGGGGAUGCGGGGGUACAGGCAGAGGGUAAGGGCGGUGGGUGGGAGGUUAGGGCGCCGUGGUCUUGGGCAUGGGAGGUCAGAGGUCAGAUGGAGAAAGCUCCGAGGAGGGUUGAGGAGUCACCUGGAUGGAAGUGGGUGGAGGAAGGGUAUUUGGACGAGAUGUGGACAGAAGACGCGGAAUUCAUCAAGAAUAGCUUGGAGGGCACGCCGAGGUCUGAUACCUCGUAUGAGACGCCGAGUACCACGGCAUUUGUAUCGGCUCUGCCAGACAGGGGUGUUGGUUCGUUCCAAGUGGUGCGCUCGCUGCUCGUAUCUGGACAUGCGGUCCCACUGAAGGUGUGGGGAAUAAGAAAGGAAAUCACUGGUGAUGAGAGGUGGGCGACGUAUGCAACGUGGCUGCGAAUAUGUGGUCUACGCCGACGUUGA